CUCGCAUCUUUUUAUCAUCCACACAACAAUCAUACAAACAAUCAUGUCGAAAGUAGCAGCCAGAUCGUCUCCUUCUAAUUCAACUUUCAGGGACAAGGACAAACCCCAGGAAGUUCGUAAGAGCAACAUCAUUGCUGCAAGAGCGGUUGCCGAUGCUAUUAGAACUUCUCUUGGUCCAAAAGGUAUGGACAAAAUGAUAAAAACUGGUAAAGGUGAAGUAAUUAUCUCAAAUGAUGGACACACCAUUUUAAAACAAAUGGCAAUUUUGCAUCCAGCUGCUAAGAUGUUAGUUGAUGUCUCUGCUGCUCAAGAUGUUGAGGCAGGCGAUGGAACAACAUCUGUAGUGGUUAUAACUGGCGCAUUGUUGAGUGCUGCUGACAAAUUAUUGAAAAUGGGAAUUCAUCCAACUAUUAUAGGUGAAUCGUUUCAAAGAGCUGCAAAGAGAGCAGUUGAAAUUUUACUUGACAUGUCUGUUAAAAUAUCCUUUGAUGAUCGCGAUGCAUUGAUUCGUGCUGCAUCGACUUCUUUAAGCUCUAAAAUUGUUUCUCCUUACACCUCUUUAUUGGCUCCUCUUGCAGUUGAUUCCGUGUUAAGAGUUGCUGAUAUUGAAUCAAAUAACGUUGAUUUAAAUGACAUUAGAUUGAUCAAAAAAUCUGGUGGUACAAUUGAAGACACUGAGUUAGUUGAAGGUGUUGUAUUAACCCAAAAUGCACUUAAAAGUGCUGGUGGCCCAUUUAGAAUGGAAAAAGCGAGAAUUGCUGUAAUUCAAUUUCAAUUAUCUCCUCCAAAACCUGAUAUGGAAAACACUGUUGUCAUUAACGAUUACAGACAAAUGGACAAAAUUUUCAAAGAAGAAAGAGCAUAUUUGUUAAAUAUUUGUAAAAAAAUUAAAAAGGCAAAAUGCAAUGUUUUAUUAAUUCAAAAAUCAAUUUUAAGAGAUGCAGUUAAUGAUUUGGCCUUGCAUUUCCUCUCAAGACUAAAUAUUAUGUGUAUUAAAGAUAUUGAAAGAGAAGAAGUUGAAUUUAUCUCGAAAUCCCUUGGAUGUAAAUUAAUUGCUGAUAUUGAUUCAUUUACUGAAGAUAGACUAGGUUCAGCUGAUUUAGUGCAAGAAAUUGAAAGUUCUGGAUCAAAGAUCGUUAAAAUCAGUGGAAUUAAAUCUGCAUCUAAACCAACAGUCUCUGUUAUCUGUCGUGGGGCUAACGAGUUAAUAUUAGAUGAAACUGAACGUUCAAUUCAUGAUGCACUCUGUGUGAUGCGUUGUCUUGUUAAACAAAAAGCGCUAAUUGCCGGUGGUGGUGCACCAGAGAUUGAAGUUUCAAGAGUAUUGAUGAAAGAAAGUCAAUUAUUGUUAGGUAGUGAACAAUUUUGUUGGAAAGAAUUUGCCCAAGCAUUGGAGGUGAUUCCGAUUACAUUAGCAGAAAAUGCUGGUUUGAAUAGUAUUAAAAUUGUUACUGAACUAAGAAAUAGACACGAAAAUGGAGAAAUAAAUGCAGGUAUUUCAGUUCGUCGAUCUGGUGUCACAGAUUUAUACCAAGAACAUGUUUUACAACCUGUACUUGUUAAUUCUAGUGAGAUUUCACUUGCAGCUGAAUGUGUUAAAUCUAUUUUACGUAUUGAUGAUAUAGUAUUUGCUCGUUAAUUAAUCAUUUAGUUUUAGUAUUAUAUUUUAAUAGAAUAGUAGUAAUUAUA